AUGCACGUUGUAGAAGUGGUUGGGGCACAUGAGCUCGACGUGCAAUGUGUUGAAUAUUCGGACAAUACACGAGGAGCCCCUUACCUGUUUGCGUCCGGCGGUCGUGAUCGUCUAGUGCACCUGUUUCGACCAGGGGAAUCGAGUUACGAGCCGUGCUACGUGAUUGAUGACCAUCAGAGUGCUUUGAAUGCGGUUCGAUUUGUACAGAACCACAACAACGAGCUCUACCUUUUCACGUGCGGUUCCGACAAGACGAUCAUUAUAUGGCACCUAGUGGUUUUUACGCAGGACGCCAUACAAUUUGUUCGUGAGAAUCUGAUCUCGGCUCAAAUGGGAAUCAACGAUUUGUUAAUCCCAGCAAGUGGUGGAGUGAUAUUGGCAUCGUGCCAAGAUCGCCAACUGCGUUCUUAUUCGCUGACGGGAAAGCUCUUGACUGCUGUGAAAGGAACGGGUGGUGAAGCUGAUCUACAGCAAGGUUCUUUAGGAAAGUUAUACGUCACUCCUGGCGAGCUGGCUGAUAAUGCUGUGAGGAUGGCAGCGACGUCGUCUGCAGUUUAG